AUGGGGUAUAGAUCUAUUUCGAGAUUAUACAUAUCUAACAUAAUUUCAGGAAAACAACAUCGACAUUUUUUUGGAUUCAUGUCCAAAAAUGGUAAAACACAUCCUACGAAUUCUUCUACCACAACAAAACCAAAAGUAUCUACCUGUAAACGAUGUUAUUCCGUGACGACCAAAAAAAGUAGAAAACAACAUCGAAAUUUUUUUGGAUUUUUGUCCAAAAAUGGUAAAACACAUCCUACAAAUUCUUCUACUACAACAAAACCAAAAUUAUCUACCUGUAAACGAUGUUAUUCCGUGACGACCAAGAAAAGUAGAAAACAACAUCGACAUUUUUUUGGACUCUUGUCCAAAAAUGGUAAAACACAUCCUACAAAUUCUUCUACUACAACAAAACCAAAAGUAUCUACCUGUAAACGAUGUUAUUCCGUGACGACCAAGAAAAGUAGAAAACAACAUCGACAUUUUUUUGGACACUUGUCCGAAAAUGGUAAAACACAUCCUACAAAUUCUUCUACCACAACAAAACCAAAAGUAUCUACCUGUAAACGAUGUUAUUCCGUGACGACUAAAAUAAGUAGUAAAUUAUACAUAUCUAACAUAAUUUCAGGAAAACAACAUCGACAUUUUUUUGGACUCUUGUCCAAAAAUGGUAAAACUCAUCCUACAAAUUCUUCUACCACAACAAAACCAAAAGCAUCUACCUGUAAACGAUGUUAUUCCGUGACAACCAAAGAAAGUAGUAAGUAA